UACUCGAUUCGCAAUACAAUACAUAUAUAAAGCAAUUAAGUUAUAGACUAUUAUUAACAGUAAUAGCAGUCAAACUAUAGUUUGAAAUUUUUUGAAUAAAGUUAUCAAUAAAUUGUUUCAUAUAUAUUGUCUCAUAACUAAUAUUGUGAUUAUAAUUAUUGUUUUAAAAUAAUGGCUUUGGAUAUGUUUUUUCCGUAUCGUUCAGCUGUUAGACGACGAUAUCCAUCGGAUUUGUUUGAUUGGCCGCAGAGUAUGUUUGGACAACACUUUGGUCUCGAUUGUCGUGAUUUUGAUCAAUCAAUGAGUCAAUUGAAUCAACUCUCGGGAUCAUCACAUGUGGCCAACACUGGCGACAAGUUUUCCGUGAAGUUAGACGUCAGUCAUUUCAAACCCGAAGAAAUUGAAGUCAAAACUAUUGGCAAUUAUGUUGAAAUUCAUGGCAAACACGAAGAAAGAAGUGAUAGUCACGGAUGGAUUUCACGAGAGUUUACCCGACGCUAUGUUUUGCCCGAUGGAUGCAAAGCCGAGGACGUGAUGUCAAGUCUUAAGCCGAAUGGUGUGCUGACUAUUGAGGCUAAGAAAGAACAGUUGCCACCAAUCAGUGGUGUUGAACGUGUGGUUCCCAUCGCUAUUACCGAUGAAGAAAAACAAACAAAAUAAACAUUUUGAUCAAUGAUUUAAACUUUAAUUUUUUGAUAAUUAUAUUUUAAUCCGAUUAAUUAACAAUUAUUUGUUUGUAUUUGUUUUAAAGUUAAUAUUAUAAAUAAAUUAGUAAUUACAAUUAUUAA